UCCAACUCCGUCCUAACAAUUUUCCAUUGCCGUCGACUUCAACACUUAAGCUCGACAACAACCUGUCCUCGUCGGCCAAUUCCUAUCCCGACACAAUCCUACAGCUUCGGCCAACUCCUCUACACCCUUUUACGACCUAUAUAUCUUAAUUAUUCCUGCUCCCGGCUUUCAACCUCUGCCUGCGCACAAUCUACAUCGUCAUGGCUUCUCUUCAAUUGCGCGCUCAGCGUGCUGCUCUUCGGAGCUUGUGGACACCCACCACAGCUGGUUGUCGAACUACAAGGUUACCUGCGUCUUUCUCCCACUCUUACGCUACAGAGAUCGAGCCUGAAAGACCGAAUAAGAACACCCCCGCCCGACAGAGUAACGAGACAAAGGUGGGAAGGACAUUCCAAGGACAGGUCAUGGGCAGUAUUGGAUCUCGAUUAAGGCGGGAGCGGGAGCAGAGGGAGAAGUACGAGGAGUGGCGCAACAUGACAGAUCCCACAAGGAACUGGAUGGUGACAUUUGUCUUCCUCUCAGGCGUUGGUAUCUCAUAUUGGCUUGGUACAUAUUGGCCAAGAGACCCCGAGCCUACGUCGACACUACCCCUCAACAAGUCCAAAGCUCCAAAGCACAACACAAAGCUUGAGAACAUGCAGGCUGCCUGGGCCGACUUUGUCAAGAUCGUCGGCCAAGACAAUGUCAGCACCGCCGAGAAUGACCUCGAACACCAUGCGACAUCCAGUUGGUCCUCUCACCAGGCUGGCCCCGAAGACCGACCCUUUUGCAUUGUCUAUCCCUCGAGCACUGAAGAGGUGUCUGAGAUUAUGAAGGUUUGUCAUAAGCGCAAGAUUCCCGUUACAGGCUAUAGCGGCGGUACCAGUCUCGAGGGUCACUUUACACCUACCCGCAAGGGCAUCUCCAUCGACUUUGGUCGUAUGAACAAGAUAAUCAAUCUUCACAAGGAGGAUCUAGAUGUUGUUGUCCAGCCUGCGAUGGGCUGGGAAGCUCUGAAUGACCACCUGGGGCAUGAGGGUCUCUUCUUCCCUCCCGACCCUGGUCCUGGUGCUAUGAUUGGAGGCAUGAUUGGCACUGGGUGCAGUGGCACCAAUGCCUAUCGCUAUGGUACUAUGCGCGAGUGGGUUCUCAGCCUGACUGUCGUUCUUGCUGAUGGUACUGUCAUUAAGACCCGGCAGCGACCUCGCAAGAGCUCUGCCGGCUACGAUCUCACCAAGCUGUUUAUUGGUUCCGAGGGUACCCUUGGCCUCGUGACUGAGGCUACUCUCAAAGUUACCGUCAAGCCCGAGUCUACCAGCGUCGCUGUCUGUAGUUUCCCCUCUAUCCGUCAUGCCGCUACGUGUGUGAGCAAGGUCGUGGCCCAGGGCAUCCCCGUCGCUGCCGUCGAGAUCCUCGACGACAACCAGAUGAAGUGCAUCAACGAUGCGGGUAUGACAUCGCGAGCUUGGACAGAGGCAGCAACACUCUUUUUCAAGUUCGCCGGAACUCCCGCCGGUGUUAAGGAGCAGGUUGCUCAGGUGCAGGGGCUCGCUAAGCAGGCUGGCAGCAAGACCUUUGAGUUUGCGAAGAGCCAAGAAGAGCAGGACGAGCUGUGGAGUGCACGAAAGGAGGCUCUCUGGAGUACCACAGCUGUCAAGAAGCCCGGUGACCACGUGUGGACGGGCGAUGUCGCUGUGCCCAUGAGCAAGCUACCAGAUCUGAUUGAGGCUACCAAAGAGGACAUGACAAAGAGUGGCCUGUUUGCUUCCAUCGUAGGACAUGUCGGUGACGGCAACUUCCACACUAUUCUGCUGUACAACGAUGCUCAGCGUGCAAAGGCUGAGGCUGUCGUGCAUCGCAUGGUCAAGAAGGCUGUUGAGAUGGAGGGUACCGUCACGGGUGAGCACGGUGUUGGACUUGUCAAGCGGGAUUAUCUCCCUCACGAGCUCGGCGAGUCUACAGUUGACGCUAUGCGACAGAUCAAGAAGGCCUUUGAUCCUCUAUGUUUGCUCAACUGUGACAAGGUUGUGCGGGUGCAAAAACCUAAGAAGGGGGAGGUCGACGAGUGGUAGAGAGUUGCGAAAUAUGCAUGAUAUUGGAAACGGACAGGAGGAAAGGGAGCAUGAUGAUACCUGGUGUAGCGUGUACGAUGUAGGAAUAGAUGGCUUGGACGGCAGUCACAGAGACCCGUCAUUAUGAAAGCUUGUGUAUAAGAUCAGUUUAGCGGAACGCUUGAUAAAGGUUACCUUGAUGGUGCAUAACGGUGUAUUGCUAAUUAUGAAAAGUCGAUUUAGGUGUUGGCCACGCAAUCCACUUAGAAAUGUACUUCUCUUCAUCU